AUGCGUUACGCGUUGCUCCUCACAGGCCUCAUUGGCACUGUCAAUGCAGCUUGUCCGUACAUGUCGGGCGAUCUACCUGACUCCUCGGACUCACUUCACCGUCGCGAUGAUGCAGACGCAUCCGCCGCUACCGAGGACUUCCUUUCUCAAUUCUAUCUCAAUGACCAAGAUGCCUUCAUGACUUCAGACGUGGGAGGUCCAAUUGAAGAUCAGAACAGUCUUAGUGCAGGAGAGCGUGGCCCAACUCUUCUCGAGGAUUUCAUUUUCCGCCAGAAGAUCCAACGAUUUGAUCACGAACGGGUCCCAGAACGUGCUGUCCAUGCCCGCGGAGUCGGCGCCCACGGCGUAUUCACAUCUUAUGGAGACUGGUCCAACAUAACAGCCGCCUCGUUCCUCGGUGCAAAGGAUAAAGAAACCCCCAUGUUCGUCCGCUUCUCCACCGUAGCCGGUAGUCGCGGAAGCGCCGAUACAGCCCGCGACGUGCACGGAUUCGCGACACGAUUCUACACCGAUGAGGGAAACUUCGAUAUUGUCGGAAACAACAUCCCCGUUUUCUUUAUCCAGGACGCAAUCCUGUUUCCAGAUCUCAUCCACGCCGUGAAACCGCGAGGUGAUAAUGAGAUUCCUCAAGCGGCGACUGCGCAUGAUUCUGCGUGGGACUUCUUUAGCCAACAGCCUAGUGCGUUGCAUACGCUUAUGUGGGCUAUGUCGGGUCAUGGCAUUCCUAGAUCUUUCCGUCAUGUUGAUGGGUUUGGUGUGCAUACUUAUCGAUUUAUUACUGAUAGUGGGGCUUCGAAGUUGGUUAAGUUCCAUUGGAAGACUUUGCAAGGGAAAGCGAGCUUUGUGUGGGAGGAGGCGCAGCAGACUUCAGGGAAGAAUGGUGAUUUCAUUCGUCAGGAUUUGUGGGAUGCUAUUGAAGCCGGAAGGUACCCUGAGUGGGAACUCGGAGUCCAAAUCAUGGACGAAGACGACCAACUUCGAUUCGGCUUCGAUCUUCUCGACCCAACAAAGAUCGUGCCCGAAGAACUCGUCCCAAUCACACCACUGGGCAAGAUGCAGCUCAACCGUAAUCCAAAGAACUACUUCGCCGAAACCGAGCAAGUCAUGUUCCAACCAGGCCACAUAGUCCGCGGCGUCGACUUCACAGAAGACCCCCUCCUCCAAGGCCGCAUCUUCUCCUACCUAGACACCCAACUAAACCGACAUGGCGGGCCCAACUUCGAACAAAUCCCCAUCAACCGGCCCCGCGUCCCAAUUCACAACAACAACCGCGACGGCGCAGCCCAGAUGUACAUCCCACUAAACAAAGACGCCUACACACCCAACACGCCGAACAACGGCUCCCCAAAACAAGCGAACCAGACCGUCGGCAACGGUUUCUUCACUACGCCCGGCCGCACCGUAUCGGGACACCUGGUCCGCGACGUGAGCUCCACCUUCGCCGACGUCUGGUCCCAGCCGCGUCUAUUCUGGAACUCGCUCAUCGCCGCCGAAAAACAGUUCGUCGUCGACGCCAUGCGCUUCGAGAAUGCGAACGUCGUUAGCCAGGUCGUGAGGGAUAAUGUCGUUCUACAGCUGAAUCGGAUCAGCAAUGAUCUUGCGAAGCGGGUCGCCGAGGCUAUUGGUGUUGAUGCACCGAGCCCGGAUCCGACGUAUUAUCACCAUAACACGACUGCGGGCGUGGGAGCCUUUGGAGCAAAGUUGUUGAAGCUUGAGGGCUUGAAAGUAGGAGUACUUGCUUCGGUUGGUAAUGGCUCUUCGAUUGCGCAGGGUGCGGCGUUGCAGGCGCAGCUGAGCUCUGUGGGCGUUGAUGUUCUUGUUGUUGCUGAGCGGAUGGCAGAUGGUGUUAAUCAGACGUAUGCGGCAUCUGACGCUACGAAUUUCGAUGCUGUUGUCGUCGGCGAUGGGGCGCAGGGGUUGUUCGGGUCGAGUUCUGUGGCUACGUCGUUUUAUCCGGCUGGAAGACCUUUGGAUAUUCUUGUUGAUGCGUUCCGGUUUGGUAAGACUGUUGGUGCGAUCGGAAAUGGAGCUGGCGCGUUGAGAACCGCCCACAUUGCUACUAACCAGACUGGAGUUUAUGUUGCUCAGAGUGUGGGAGGUGGAUUUGCCGAUGGGCUGAAGGAUGGACUUCGGACUUUCAAGUUCUUGGAUCGGUUCACUUUGGAUGGUUAG